CUUGCAUGGCGACACUGAGAGGGGGUCACGAUGGAGAGACGCAGCGAGAAAGGGGGAGAGAUGGAAGAGGAAGGAGACGUGGAGAACUGAGAGGAGCAUCUGAGAGGAUAACUGCCUGUUUGCUCACUCUUGUCUUCUUGCUCCCCCUCCUGUCCGCUCACUUCCACUCAAACGCUCAGACAGCUAGGUAGGCACACACAGUGGAGCUCCGAGCAGCUGAGGGAUGGAUAAAAAGGUUCCCACGUGAAAGGCAUGAAUCUACAGAAGAAGAGGAGGGUGAGCUAGAAGAAGACACAACCAAAGAGGGAAAACAAAACCAGAAAAACAAGAGGAAGGAACAGAUGGACUCUAAAGAGAGGAAAGGAAACGGUAUAGAGCAGCAGUGACAAGAGAGGUGGAAAUAAAAAAAGCAAACAUAAACGCCAGAGGGAUGGAAGAAUGGGCUGAAGAGACGUGAAGGAAUAGCGGAGAAGAGGAGCGAGCGUUUGUGGGAGGAAGACACAGCACAGAGGGGAAACGGGAAGAGGGGGAGAUGUGGAGCUCAAGCUGUCUUCAACGUUGAGAGAGUGAGUCAUUGAGAAGUGAAAGAAACGAAGAAAGUGAUCAAAUCAGCAAGGAAGAACAAAAAAUGGUGAAACAGAUAGGCCACUAUGUGUAAGAUUGCAAGACUUUCCCUUUCUUUGGCCAUACAAUAUACUGAAUGCCCAGAGGAGAAGGCAGGAGUAGAAGGAAGGGCAACCAAGUAGAAGAGCCAAAGUGAUGGACACAGAAAGGAUGGACAGGCUGUAUGACCUUCCUCCCUGCUUAUUUGUUGGAAACAUCUCCAGCCUAAACAAGAGUUUCUCUCCAUGGAAAUUUAAAGAGAAAAUGGAAUAAGAAGUAAAAGACAUGGACACUAUGGACAUUUUUCACAUGGUUGUUUAAAAGAAUAUUUGAUGCUGCACAUAUUUAUUUUUCUAUGAAAGUAUGAGUAAAAAGAGAACCAUAAAGUUCUUUGGGUAAGCAUUUAUCACAAUGAUCUAUUCUUAAAUUAAAUUUUAAUGGCUGUGCUUAAUACUACUACACUUUGAACUGUGACUCUGGGAUCCCAACCUUUCUUGAGGACAGUCUUAGUUACAAAGGAAGUCCUUGGCGUCUAUAUUUGAAAAAAUCUGAGCAGCUGCACAUAAGAAACAGCUACACAUGUCCUGUGAUGAAACUGGGACUCAGUCGCUCAAUUGUAGAUUUAUAAUGGAUAUCUAGUGAAGGGAGAUCACGAUCUUUGUUGACGCACUGACACAACUAAGCCUUUACAACAUCAAACUGCCUGCAGAGCCUGUGGAUGUUGGGGGAGCAAGAGCGACAAGAGCAAUGGUGAGCAAAGAGCCAAACCACGUGCUCACAGGCCAAACCAACGGCAAGAGCACUUUGGCAGACAAGUUGCCCGGGACAAUGACUGUGCGUUCUGUGUUGCUUAAUAGAGACUCCCCGGACAUUGAAAGCCGCCUAAAGCGGCGUCGCAACCGCACCCACCAGGUCCGCUUUAAAGACCUGGAGGAUGGCAGCAGCAGCAGUGGCAACAGUGGAACAGGAGAAAACAAUAGCCAUCAGAGGGUUGCCACAGAUUGUGACAGCCCACAUCCUCUUCGCAAACAUAGCAGCAGGGCCCCAACACCAUGGGCAGACAGGGAUGGGCCAAGGACUGAUAGUCUACCUGGCCAAACUUCGGUGGUGGGGGCUGUACGUGGGGAUAUGGCAAGUACCAUAGAGGUGGUGGCUGCCUUCUUAGCCAGGGCUCCUCCUCAUCCAUUGACGCCAGGUCCUACACGUCGAUGCUGGGCACCACCACAGAGUAACUCCCUAACCUUGCCGAUGACACGCAAGCCCAGUACGAGCACCAGCACAGCCAUCCAGACCUCCCCAUGCCUGAAAAAAAACCAGUCCAUCUCUUCCACACACAGACGCAGCCACAGUCUUGGGGACUCAGUGGGCGUGGAUGGUGAUGAUGAACAUGACUCUCAAGAUGAGUACCUUACGCACAACCACGUGUCUUUGCCUGGGUCAAAGGAUCUGAACGGUCCUUCUGUUACAGGGGAUGGAAUAGUUGUGGAACGGAGGUCUAAAUCUUGCAGGACAGAUAUGAAGUCAGCUGUCAGUUUAGUAAAAAAUUCCAGGCACAGCUGCCCCCCUUCGGUCCUUCAUAACACUGAGCCAUGCCACUGUUCCACUGUGUCCUGUCGUGAUGGGCCCAAGCGCCAAGGAAGCAGCACUCCCUCAGCGAUCAGGCGAAGAAAGCGGCUGAAUAGGACAACAAGUGAUCCUGGAAAGGAAGUACAAUACUGCACCACCCUCACUCAGACUGAAAGCCCCAGUCCAUCCCCCAAACCCUCAGAUACCAAACUCUGUACCACCCAAGUUCAAACUGAGAGCACUUCUCCAGCUCUCAAUUCAAAGUAUUGCUUCACUCAAAGUCAGACUCAGAGUAAACAUAAUUCUUCACUCCUGAAUGACAAACAAUGCACAACAAUUCAAAAUCAAAUCACUGAUUCUUGCUCAUCCCUACCUCCAAACACUGAACAGUGCACGACUGAGAAACAAACUGACUCACCCCGUCAUCUUUCCCCAGUUCAUCAACCUUGCACUACCCAGACACAAACUUGCAGUCCCUGUGCUUCCCCACCUCUGACGGUAUCACCUAGCUCAAUGCAAGUUCAAUCUGAAAGUCCUGCAAUUCCAACAGCAACUCAAGACCCUCCCACCACCCAAAUAACUACUGUGCCUUACUCUACCUCCCCUCCAAAUACAAAUGCAACCACUCAGAGCCCUGAACAUUGCGCUAAGCCAAUUUGCUCCUCUCCAACUAAGCCAGCUUGCACCACCCCUCCCCCACUAAUAGAUUUGCCCAUCCCUUGCUCGACUCCUGCACCAACCGUUACCCAACAUCCAAUUCCCUAUUAUACCGUUGUGUCACCACCAACAACCCCAAGCACAGCUAUUGUCUGUGCCACUCCUUCCAUAACUGCAACACCACAUCCCAGCCCAAACUGUACCUCCCCAACCCCAAAUGUAGAAUCAUUAUCUCCCCAAACUUCUUUGAACCCAACCCAAACUCUAACCCCCGAUGUGACCGCCCUUGACCCUGCCAGUAAUCAAACAACUGCCCCAAACAUGACAUAUCAACCACCAAACAAUGCAACCAACACUACACCUUCUCUAAACCCAACACCCAGUACAUUUGUAACUCAAACUGCCAUGUCUUGCACCUCCAUAUCAUAUUAUUCCACCACACAUCCAGUUGGCCCCAAUGCCCCCCAGUUAAAUUCUACUGCACCUACUUAUGCUACACUCAUACAGACUGUAUCUCACUGCAAUAUCCCAUGUAAAGCGUUGCAACAUACCUCUGCUGCCAACACAGGAAUAACCCCCUACUCCUCCCCAGUCCCCAAACUAAAAUCUUGCACUUCUCCGCCUCCACUUGUGAAAACAUAUGUGUCCACUCUUCCACUUGCACAACAAUGUGCAACACCAACUAAAGCUGUUCCCCUGUAUUCUUCCACAUUUCGUGCUGCGCCACCAUACACACCCCCCUCUCAGGCCUCCUUUAACGCUCAGGAUAAGAGGGGCAUUCGACUUCCACCUCCUCCCCCACCACCUCCACCUUACACACCACGCAAAAAGGGAAAUGAUACACCAGGUCCUGCAAUCCGUACACCCAUGCUCAGGGCAGACAGCAAGGCCAGCAAGAAAGAUAAAGAAGGGGAGAAGGAGAAAAAGGAAGAUAUAAAAUGUACAGACUCGCCCAAGCUCUGUCAGAGAGCCAGCUCUUUGAAGCACAGAGCUCAAACUCCGCCAGUUGCUGUGAUGAAGGGAGAGAAGCAGUCCUCCUCCUCCUCCUCCUCCUCUCCUGCCAAGGCCUGUUUUAAGCCCAGCUGUCUCAGCUCAGCCCAGGCUCAGCUUGGGGCACUACAUAAAAUGCUCUGCUCAGGAGCCAAUGCCCGGCCCAACACCCCCAACAGCCAACACCCUCUCCCUCCAAACCAGCAGGGUUGCUCUGGGGCCAGGCGCUGCUCUGCUUCUGGGGAGCGACCUACAGCUGGACCCCUGACUGCCACCCAAGCUGACACACUAAGACAGGUCCAGGAAAUACUGGGAGGGUUGGUGGCUGGGGCCAGGUGUAAACUGGACCCAGCAAGGGUGACAGAGAAGCUCUUAGGUCCCAACGGACCCCUACAUGAUAUUCGUAGCCUGCAGAACCAGCUCCACAGUCUGGAGGGGGUCCUGGAGACCAGCCAGAAUACCAUUAAGGUUCUGCUGGAUGUCAUUCAAGACCUUGAGAAGAAGGAAGCCGAAAGGGACGGUAAACAACAGAGCGACGAGGCGUGUUGCCAACUGUUCCGCGAGAAUAUUAUUCGGAAAUCUGGAAGAGAACAAGAAAACCACAGGGCCAACUGCACACAAUUUAGAAGACAUUUAUACAGAACCGGACAGGACAUUGAGAACUGUGGGACCUGCAGGGACUGCGCCUGCAUCAUCUACAGUGUAGAGCACGACUUCCGUCUGCAGGAGGGGCAGGUGGUCCGCACAUGGAAGGUGGGCGACCCUCCUGAGGGCAUGCCACAGCCCCCGACUCCCCAGCCCCCUACGCCCCACCAACAAGACUCUCCUCAGCCAGUGCGACCGCCUGCCACCACCAAGAAGAACAGGAAGAAAUGUUUCUGGUUCCUCUGAGAACUACACGAUGGAGCAAAAGACACUUUUGGUACUCUAAUGCACUGCUUAACCUUCUUUCAAAAGAAAAAGACAAAACCGUGGAGAUGUGAUUAAAAACACAAGCGUGGAGUGAAGUGGAGAAUUAAAAUGCAAACAUAAAAGUGAGGUAGGAGGAGAGUAACAAAGGUUCAGAUUGUAGCUGUUGUUGUUGGAGUCGAUGGGAAUGGUUGACGGGGGAACACAUGUUGAUGCUGCUCUUAAAAUCAGCCUCUUCAGCACUUAUAAGUUUGAUACUUGUGCAGGGAAGUAAAAGUGCUGAAGUCAAAUAAAAGCAAAAGUUCACUCCACAUAUGAGUCACAGCUAGGAAGCAAUUAGGAGAUAUAAAGAGAAUAUAUAGCCAGUGGAAGGGGGCAAGGGGCACAGUACAAGAGGCAAUACAGAAGAGAGAUGGAGAAUAUUUAUGAAAUAUGAAACGAAUAAAGUUUAUAGGCAAAGAGAGAAAAGACAGAGAGGGAGUAUUCAUCUUCAUUAAUGGACUAAUGAGGGUCAGAACACCAGCUUUUAUAUCCAGAGACAUUUAAAAAAAAGGAAUAAUCAUGACCUGUAUUUAAAACUUUUAUGAAACUGUAAUUGAUGAAAAAGUACUACACAUGUCUACAUGCACACACAGCACCCACACAAACACACAAAUGAACAUAUUUACAUAAGAAGCAUAUAUAAAUGGAGAAAAUGAGUGAGUUGAGUUCUGUUCAUAUCAGGGCUAUUCUGCUUGGAUGCUAUAUUUCAGAUAUGGAUUACUGCUCUAUAAAAGUAUUUUACCACA